AUGGACGGCGCUCCCGUCGAGGCUCGCUCUCUGGCUUCCAUCGUCAGUCUCGCAUCGAACCCGCCUGCGUAUCCCCGGAAUCCAACCCAGAAGCCGUUGGAGCCACUGGUUCUGUACAUCGUUCGCGUGCCCGGCAGCAAAGACGUCUUUCUCUCGCCGCUGAAACCCCCUACAAAGUCCAGUCUCUCUCCCGAAUCUCUUAAUGCGUCGUUGUACUUCAUACAUGUGGCUGGGCCGCGAGACGAAGAGAUCCUAGAAUGCAUACAACAAGAACAGCAAUCCCAGCAGCAGCAACAGCAGCAGCAGGCCAAGAAUGCAAUACCACAGACGAGUAAGCUGGCGAUCCUGAACCGGACUCGAAGGAAACCGGUGCCAGGUGUUGCUACGGCUCAUACCCAACAUGAAGCGUCCCCUCCACUACCACCUCGACCCCAACACAUAACUCACGGCCAGAGUCAAGAUGCAGAUAUACGAUACGAAAGGGAGAGGGAGCAGGAGGGCCUCAUACCUGUGGAAACAUCUCCAGAACGUAGACAUUCGCCUAUCAAUGGGUCAGGAUCGCCUGGCCAGCCACCCUGGGAGCCGCAACCACCGAUUCUCCCGCCUCGUCCAGUCUCCGGUCGGCCUAUCGACGAAGACACACGACGAUGGAGCGCCCAGGUGCCUUCCUCGACACCCUCUGUAGGGUCGCCAUCGAUGGUGCAGGGCUGGCGGGACCAAGCUUUUGGAACAACAGUGCGAGCCAGCUGGGAUGGCGGAGGGAGGCCCUUAUUCGAGUCGGAGCCCACACCCACACGGCCUCAGAGCCACCGGGGACUCUUACACAUACCAGAGGACGAAGGACCCAAACCGCCGCUUCCCCUGAGGCCGAGAAAAAGUUAUGAACGGCCACGAGAGGCUGUUCCUGCAGCCCCUUUCCACUUGACCCUGAUACGACGUGAUCCAACGCACAGCACCCAGUGGAACGUCGGCACGAUCGAUAAUAUAGGCAGUUCCCCUUUGGAAGGGAGGCCAGACGGCUCUAUAAGGGUUGAAAUCGCGACGCCAGGCUAUCAGAAAUUCGCAGUUGACACGUCUAGAAUGUCGUUCGAAAGUCUAGGCAUUAAGCUUCCUGCCUCAGCACGCAGCUUGGACAUUGCACGGCCCCCCCUUUCCAGCAUGUCCUCGAAUAUGCCCCGAGAGGCUGAAGAUAUAUCAGAUUCAGGUCCCGGGCCAGGUCCUGUCAAAUUCACUCGCCUCCUGAAACUCUCACACCCACCACAGUCGUCGUCUCACCAUCGACACCACUCCUCCUCUCACGGCGGCGAGAUGUUCAAUCGUUCUCCCCCCAAGCCCAGCAAGUACCCCCACAGAGGUAAUGCCCAUUACCACUUCACCUCCAUCUGGAACGGCCACUGUAACUUUGUCACUGCGGCCAACGGAAGGACUUUGAAGUGCAAGCAUACCAUCCCGGGAGCUGCAGGAAACUCACCGUCCUCAGCAGCAACUACGACAGUUGCUGAAAUACGGUUUAACCUGCCGACCUUACUUCCCCGGCCGUCCAGCUCGGGCGACCAAAACAGCAGCCCGACCAAACCCUCUUCCUGGAUCGGAGAGUUGGAUCUGAGCCUUGCUCGUGAAAGGGCCGGCGGAGGCCUUCGCGGCAACAGUGCUAAGCUGGGCAAAAUUAUCAUUGAAGAUGAGGGUUUGAAAAUGUUAGACUUGGUUGUUGCCAGUUGCAUGGGCGUCUUUUGGAAGUAUUACGAUAAUAUGUAG